AUGGCUGCCAAGAUGCUGACACUUCUCCCACUGGCCAGUCUAGGGGCCUGGAGCUGCAACGCAACACUUACGCGCAUGAGCCACCAAAAUUGCGCAACACCUGGCAGCACUUCACUUGACUUUGUUUCUGGCUCUAUUGACGACACCAUAAUGGAGACGCUCGAAACGGGUGACCUUAUCUUUUUUCAGCGCAAGCUUACAGCUUUGCAACCUUUAGCAGCGCUGCACACAUGGAUCAUACGGCUGAAAAUGUGCCCGCGCUUUGAUCACUGUGGAUGGAUCUAUGUGGAUCGUUUGGGCCGAAAAUUUAUCGUGGAGGAAACACUUAACAAAGUGCAGUGUCGUCCAUAUAGUGCUCGAUUGUUGACGUCUCAAUCCACAGAAAUUGUCGUUUUGCCCUUAAAGCUUGAGCGCACCAAGGAGAUGCAAGUAGCUGCAAACGCGUUCAUCGCUAAGAAUAUCGAACGAAAGAGUCGAAUCUCACUGCGUCAUACCAUAUCAGCUCUGAUACGACCAAAAGAAAUGCUUACAACCUUUGAUGCUACACCAUUAUACCCAAGUGCAGCGUUUAUCGUUGAAGCCUACGAUGCAAUGGGUUUGGCCGACAAAGACCAACUUACCAAUGAUCAGACGCAGCUUUCCGCGGCUACUGUCAUACCACGUGAUUUAGUGGCAAAAAAAAUUCAAGUGCACGGUGCAAACUUUCCAGCCUUCGGUCGUUUGAUUCCGAUUAGACUUGAUUAG